AUGCAUUACCUAAAGGCAUCUCUCAAGAACGAAGCCGCGGAUGUUAUUAGUUCUUUAAAAUUAUCAGACGCAAAUUACCAGGAAGCAUUGGAAAUGCUGGAUGAGCGAUACGACAAUCGCGUAAUCGUACAAAAGCAUAUUAAGGCCAUUUUUGAAUAUCCAGUAUUAUAUAAAGAAAAUCACGUUGAACUUCGACAGCUAUUAGAUACCGUUUUAAAACAUCUACGAGUUCUCAAGGUGCUACAGAGGUCCACGGAUCACUGGGACGGCCUUGUCAUUCAUAUUAUUACCAGCAAAUUAGCGCCAGCUGUUAACAAGGAAUGGGAGACCAGCCUCAAGGAUUCGAACAUACCGACGCUCAAGGAUUUGACUGACUUUCUGUCGUAUCGAUGUCGAGCAUUGGAGGCGAUAGACAGAAAACCCCAAGGCGUAGUAUCAUCAAGGAAGAUUGAUAAGGGCGAUUCAAAGAAAUCUAUGUCAGCAAAUGUAGUAACAGAAAGGCAGGCAUGCGGUUAUUGUAAAGGCGAUCAUCCCAUUUUCAGGUGUAAUAAGUUUCUCGAGCUUUCAGUUGACAAACGUAUUCAGGAAAUAAAAGGUCUCAAGCUUUGCCUUAAUUGUUUGAAACAUAGCGAGCAUCGAGCAAAGCAAUGCAACGCGGGUUUGUGCAAAAAAUGCAAUAAGAGGCACAAUACGUUGCUUCAUAUGGAGUCAAGCUUGCAACCUAAUGAUACGGAAGUGAGCUCUGAUAGGACGGGCACUAGCGCUGAAUCGUCAACCACCAGCACAUAUCAUGCCACCCGAGCGACAGGUCAUCACGUUUUGCUGUCUACGGCAGUAGUUCACGUUCAAGAUCAGAAGGGAAAUAUGCAUCUAUGUCGAGCGCUGCUCGACAACGGAUCGCAGUCGAACUUCGUGAGCACGGAGCUAGUGAAGAGGCUUGGAGUUAAACAGGUUCCCACCUGCAUCCCCAUCAAUGGCGUUGGAGGUACGAAGUCCGAAACACACAGUAUGGCCAAGAUAAAAUUAAAGUCGCGGUUUAAUGGGUACAAGGCGGAACUCAAUUGUUGCGUGCUGCGGAAAAUUACGCAGGAUCUGCCCACGGUGUCUAUUCACAAGGCUGACAUUCGGGUUCCGGAAGGAAUCACCUUAGCAGAUCCGGAGUUUCUAGAAUCAUCUAGAAUCGAUAUGAUCAUAGGAGUAGAAAUCUUCUAG